UUAUUUUCAUACAAAAAGUAACAGUACUACAUUUUUUUCUGGUUAUUAAUAUAUCAUUUUGCAUUUUACAAUUUUAGAUGGACAAACAACAAAAUGACAUACUGCGUUUCCAUCUUAUGUGGGUACAAAGACGACGCCAAAUUGCAACUCUAGUCAUUCUCCUUGCCAUGUAUUGGUUUAAGCGUAAAAAACGUAGAAACUAUGUAGAUAAACCUAUUACACAAUCAGAGAUUGAAAGACAAAUAACACGGGAUAAACUAAUGAAUGAGCUUAGGGUAAGUGAGAAAUGUCGUAACAUUACUCGUAUAGGACCAGAAGCUUUUCAAAAUUUCUGUGAGAUGCUUAUAAGAGAUGGUGGUCUUCGACCCACAAAACGUGCAAGUGUUGAAGAGCAAGUUGCUAAAUUUCUGCACAUUAUAUCACAUAAUGUGAGGAAUCGGACAAUGUCAUUUUUCUUUUGUCGCUCUGGUGAAACCAUAAGCCGUCAUUUUCAUAGUGUGUUAAAAGUAGUAAUCUCAUUGGAAGGACAGUUCCUCAAGCAACCUAGUGGAUUGGACGUCCCCCCAAAAAUACUCAAUAACGAUAGGUUUCAUCCAUAUUUCAAGAAUUGCAUUGGGGCAAUUGAUGGAACACACGUUCGUGUGAAAGUAUCUAACGAAGAUGCACCCAGGUAUCGUGGUAGGAAAAAUUAUCCAACAGUAAAUGUGUUAGCAGCUUGUUCAUUUGACAUGAAAUUUACCUAUGUUUUACCUGGAUGGGAGGGUACCGCUUCAGACUCAAGAGUUAUGGUUAGUGUCUUAAAAAGACAAGGAGAUAAAUUAAUACUUCCGGAAGGAAAAUUUUAUCUUGCUGACGCCAGGUACCCAUUAAAGGCUGGACUUAUCACGCCUUAUAGAGGUGUGCGCUAUCAUUUAAAAGAAUAUGCCUCACGCCGACCAGAGAAUCCUAGAGAGUUAUUCAACCUUCGACAUGCAUCAUUGCGCAAUGUUAUUGAGAGAAUUUUUGGUGUGUUGAAGAAACGAUUUCCUAUCAUAGGAAGCAGUACUGAACCAACAUAUGAUGUUAAAACUCAAGUUGAUAUCAUUUUAGCUUGUUGCAUCAUACACAACUAUUUAAUGGGUAUGGAUCCGGAUGAAAGCCUUUUUAAUGAAGUAGAUCGGGAGCACUUAAAUGAAACUCCACAUGAAGAGCAUGGUCCAAUGGAAAGAAAUAUAAGAAUGAGUAAUCAAUUAAACAUAAGUGGUGGGUUGAAGAGAGAUAGAUGUGUUUGGACUGCACAGAUGGAUGAUAUUUUUGUAGAUGCAUUGCACAAUCAAUUUGUGAAGGGGAAUAUGAUUGAUGGUACAUUUACAACAAAAGCUUACAGUGAGAUUGUUAAUGAAUUGAAAGAAAGAUUAGGUAUCGAUAUCAACAAAGAUAAAGUGAAGAAUCGAUUGAAAACAAUAAAGAAAACAUUUAACGAGUGUUUUGACUUAUUCAAAACUGGUUUGAGUGGGUUUGCUUGGAGUGAAGCCACAAAAAUGUGGUAUGCUGAACCUGAAGUUCGGGCUUCUUUAAUUGAGUCAAAUCCAGCAGCGGAGAAAUGGAAAACUACUCCAAUUUGCAACUAUGAUAAGUUGUUGGAUUUAUUUGGCAAGGAUAGGGCAACUGGGUCUAAUGCAGCCACUGCUAAGGAGAGGAUUAAUGAUUGGGCAACAAAAGGAAAAGAGAAGAGUAAUGAAAGGGAGUCAAGUCCUAAUGAUGAUCUAAUGGAGAGCAUUGAUGCUAUUGAUCACAUGGUGUCCCGGAAUGAAGUAAGUUUGGAUAAUACAUUUUUUAUGGAUCAUGAGUUUGAGAAUAUGAAUAUGAUGUCUCCUAAAACACCUUCAAGUGCACCUUCCCAUUCCACUUCUUCAAAAGGAAAGAGAAAAAGGAAUUAUUCGACUGUUGAUGGAGAUAAUGAAAUAAUUGAAAUAGUGAGAGGUGUGGCUGCUUCUCUAAAAGAGGGAAAUGAUAUUCACAAAACAUUCAACCAUAUUUAUGAGAAGUGCAACCAAAAGGGAAAAUAUGAAGAAGAACUCUUUAAGAUUUUGGCGGAAAUUGGAUUAGAGGGGCAUGCAGCUGUUAAGGCCUUUAUUUUUCUGACUAAGCGUGACCAUCCUGAGAGAAUGACACAAUUUAUUGGUUGCCCACCUGUGCUUCGCAAGAUACUCCUGGAGGAACUAAUGUCCAAUGAUUCUUGA